AUGCCGUCUCAUCGCAGCGACGCUAUCCAAGGCCAGCCCCGCAAGGCGAAGCGGACUGCAAAUGCAUGCCUCGCCUGCCGCCAGAGCAAGAUCAAGUGCUCCGGCGCGGAGCCGUGCGGUAACUGCCAGCGCCGUCUCGUGAGAUGUCGCUUCGAAGAGGGGUGCAACCGCAUUACCGUCUCUGAGAGGUACCUGCUUGAGUUGCGGAAGCAGGCCGGGCAUCAGCAAACUCCGUCUGGAUCCAAGCGUCCGUACGAUGUCGCUUUUGGAUACCCCAGUGAGGGUGAUGCAGGGUCGUCGUCAAGCCCGCAGCCAGAGGAGCUGCCGCCGCUGCGCAUCGUAGAUGACGGCCGCAGCAUCUGGACAAGCCCGUUCUCGAAGCCCUCGACGACAAUCAAGAGCACGUACAAGAACAAGGCCAAUUGGGUCUGGCUAGCUCCCUCAUCACCAUGGUCCUUCACCGCGCGGCUGACGCUCCUCAUGACGGAAAAGCUCAACUUGGCAUACAGCGCGCCGGAUUUCUUUGGCGAGGACGUCUACCCGCUGCAAUGGAGCCCUGCUACAGCAUCUGCUACCCCGGAUAUUGGCGGGCUGCCGUCCAUCGACCAUGCCCUCUACCUUUUCGAGACGGUCAAGUUUCACCUCGGCCAGAACUAUCGCUUCUUCGACGAGGAGGCCUUUGUCAAGCACAUGCGCGAGUUUUACUCCGACAACCCUGUGAGAAAGGCGGCCGAGUCGCGCCUGUGGUUCGUCCAGUUUCUCCUGGUGCUGGCCUUUGGCAAGGCCUUCUUGUCGCGGUCCAACGCGCGGGACCCGCCGGGGUCCAAGUAUUUUGUGCGAGCCAUGUCGUUGAUGCCGGAGAUUACGUCCCUGUGGAAGGAUAGCAUCAUGGCGAUUGAGGUGCUGGCCCUAGCCGGCUUGUAUUUGUACUCGAUCGACCAGAGGGAGUCGGCGCACGUAUACGUCGGUCAAGCGAUACGCAUCGCGCAAUUGGAGGGGCUGCACACGCAGCUGCCCGAGGACGAGCUCGGCGUCGACAUUGUCAUGCGCUGCCGCAACCUCUGGUGGACGCUGUACGUCAUGGACAGGCAUUUCUCGUCGUCUCUGGGGCUCCCCAUGUCGACGCAGGAUAGCGACAUUACGGCGUUGGUCAACAUCCCUGGGACUUCAUCGCAGCAGGACUCUCUUCUAGGGCUCCAGGUGAGGCUGUCGCGGCUGCUGUCCUUUAUCAUCAGAACCAUCUACAAGACGGAGCAGACGCAGCUUGGAGACUUUCUCGAGGCAACCAGGUCCAUCCUACAUAGCAUGGUGGCUCACGCCCGUGAGAUGGAAAGGACGACGUACAUUAACUUCCAGAGCUCCGUGGACGCCAUUUCGAAAGAAGCACGCCACAUAACGCUGCUAUACCACCAAUGUGUGAUUGUCGCUACACGGCCGCUUCUCCUGUCCGUCCUCAAGGAGCGUUUGGAAAAGAUAGAUCGCGGCGAAGAGGACUGGCGGAGCUUUAUAGAGACUACGCAGCCGCUGAUAUCCACGGGCAUCAAGUCGGCCGUGAUGACGCUCCAGAUUCUGUCUACAGAUGACGGCCUUUUGGAACUCUUUCUCCCAUUCGACUUGGAAUUUGCGUACGGGGCAGCCGUGCACCUAGCCAUGGCCAACGCGCUGUUCCCCAACCUCGACGACGGCCCGACGUCGAGCCAGGAAGCGCAUGCCAUCCUCGACGAAAUGGUCUUCAAGGGCAACCGCGUUGCGGCGAUGCGCAAGUCGGAGCUGGCGCACCUCGAGACGCUCUUUGGCGAACUGUCCAAGCGCGCGGAGAGGCGCGGCCUGCAGACCCUGACGCUGUCAUCGCUCCCGGCCGGCUCAGACAUGGGGCCUGAGCUGGACCAUAAUAGCAACGAGAACGACGUCGUCACCGAGGACGGCUCCCGGGACGGAUACCCUGCCCAUUCCGAGCGGACGGCAGUUUCGGCGGCGGGUGGGGACGGCGGGCACCCGCUGGGGCCACAGCUUCCGCCAGAGGCCGUGAGCAACGAGUACCUGGGCAACAUUGGAAUCUCGUCGUACGAGUUCCUGUCGAUUGUGGACCAGAUGGGCGACCCGGAGGGCUGCUACGACGAGUUGGAUCUGCCGCAGUAG